AUGUGGGAGGACGAGUGGGACGCGGCCUACCUCCUGGGACGGCGCGACCAGUCCAAGCCUUUCCAUUGCCCCUCGUACAAACUCCCUGCCUACGGCAUCAUCGAACUGGCACCGGGCAACUUCAUCAACCUCAGCGCCGACGCGUUCUUCCGCCCACAAUGCAGCGACUCUUCGCAGAAUGUCAUGGACGAAACCACGGGCGGUAUCACCAGCAUCGCCGACAUCCGCGACCCGUUCCACGCCUCCAUCACCCCCCAGGCCUAUGCGACGGGCGCUGCGACCGUCAUCGCGUGGAUGCUCGUCAUUAUGCUCAUCAUCACUCCUCGUACCUUCUUUGUCGGCAAUGCGACGGGCCGCUCGGGACUCAUGGGACGACGCGGCAUGAUUAGCGGCGCAACAGGAGGUGGAUCCAUCAUCGGCGUCGGCAGCAGGCCCUGGCUGCAGAAGGUGGCCGCCCUCACCGUCGCCAUAUCGCUGACGCUCGCCACUGCCGACACGUUCAAGAUCGCCGGCCGCCAGUACAGAGAAGGCUUCAUCGAUGCCAUGGAGCUGCGCGACCAGGUCGUAGCAGGCAUGGAGAUCAAGGUCUCCCGCAUUAUUUCCGACAUAUUCAUCUGGCUCGCACAGGUACAGACUCUGAUACGCCUGUUUCCGCGCCACAAAGAGAAGGUUAUCAUCAAAUGGGUCGGCUUCGCAUUGAUCCUCCUGGACAUUACCUUCAGCUCUUUGAACAGCUUUGGACCGUACGAGAACAAUGGCCGUCCCGUGCACUUUGAGACCGCCAUCCCCGCUUUGAGUUACCUGUUUCAACUAUCCCUUAGCAUGCUAUACGCUGCUUGGGUCAUGUACUACGCCAUUACGAAGCGACGAUACGCCUUCUACCACUCCAUGAUGUGGAACAUGAGCGUUGUUGCGCUCCUCUCCGUUAUCGCCGUCCUUACGCCUGUUGUAUUUUUUAUCACCGACAUCGCAAAUUACACCAUUGCUGGAUGGGGCGACUACUUCCGCUGGGUCCGGAGCUGCCGCUGCCAGUGUGAUUGUUUGGGAGUGGGUCGAGAGGAUUGA